ACUACUGGUAGUCGCACACGCACCUGAUUCACUCGCGCUUUUGUUAUUGUAUUUUGCGAGGAAUCCUUUUUCACGUCAAGCGCCAUGGAGGGCUCCUCGUCCUCUCAGCCGUCCGAUUCAAGCCAUCCAACGGCUUCUGGCGCUUCCAAGUUCCUCGCCGACCUUCCCUCCCGGGGCCUCUUCUCCUCCACCGUCAUCUCCUCAAACCCGGGCGGAAUGCGAGUAUAUAUUUGUGACCAUGACACAUCACCUCCAGACGGCCAACAGAUAAAAACGAACCAACAGAACAUAUUGAUUAGAUCACUCAUGCUUAGGAAACAGAAGGGUGAUUCUAGUUCGAAGGAUGUGAAGGGUGUAGCUGCAAGUGAGAGUUCUAGAAAGAGGGUUGCUGAAAGAUCUGCAGAUGGCAGGGCUUCGGCUAAGAGAGCCACUAUCCAAAUUAGUUCUCGACAAGAAGGUUCGAACAGUCAAGCAUCUAAUAGGGACUUCCAAAGCUUCACAGUGGAGAGGCUUCGUGCCCUUUUGAAGGCAAGAGGUCUUUCCCUUAAAGGAAAGAAGGAUGAGCUGAUUGCACGCCUGAAAGGGGCAACUGGAUAAGCAUAUGGCAGGAAAGAGAGAAGGGAUGGUAGUGGGAACGAACAAAUCUUCCCUCCAUGUCUACACAUCAAGAGCAAGUAGGUUAAUGUUCUUUUUGAUGUAAUAUAGGAUUAGCAAAUGAUGGAACUAAUGAUGGUCUGAAGGAAAUUCUGCGAUGUUGCAUUUUGUAUGAUUGUGUUAUUUUAAGAGUAUUUGUGCUUUGUGCCAAA